AUGUCACCCUCUCCUUCCUCCUGCCUGUUAAGACAGCCCAGCAGUGCAGAGGAGGCAACAGGUGUUCCUCAUCAGCCAGAAUCAGCCAGCUCAGCGGGUGCAACUAAUCAGCCUUCUCCAGUCCACUAUUUAACCGGACACAACCCAGCUCUCAGUGUGGGAGCCCACCCAGACGGCACUCAGCCUGCUAGUUCACCUGCUAGCCCCCAGCCCACUAGUUUCCCCUCCAACUCCGAAUCCGCCCCACGUUGCGUUAGGACUGGAGUUCUGAGUCUCCAGUCAAGGAGUAACCAUGGACAUACCCCAUUACCCGAUUACCCCGCAUAUGCUGUUUUCCCUAGCCCCCUGGACGAUGUUUGUAGCAAGUCUUCGUUCGAUGGGACCCGUCUCGCUUUUAAGCCCAGCCCUGGUCGAAAGCGGGGUCCCCGACAACGGAGUUCCCAGUCACCUCCCAUCUCCUCUAGCGACCUGUGCUCUUUCCUGCUCGAUAGAGCCCUGGGACUAGACAAUUUCCACCCCAGUCAGACCAGUUCCCCACCUGAACCCGGACCCCAGUACCCUGACGAGCCACCCUCCAGAAGGUCUUCCAGAAGGAAGAGAGGUUCCUGGAGACCCCAGACCUCGCCACCGAUGAGCGCCGCAGAGGUCCUGCCGCCGCCGCCGAUCUCCGAGGGGGUCGACGACGCGGCCUCACCCGUUCCUGAGGGGGUCGACGACGCCGCCUCACCCGUUCCUGAGGGGGUUGUCGACGCCGCCUCACCCGUUUCCGAGGGGGUCGACGACGCUGUCGACUCCGCCUCACCCGUCUCCGAGGGGAUCGACGCUGUCGACACCGCCUCACCCAUCUCCGAGCGGGUCGACGCUGUCGACGCCGCCUCCGCCUCGAACCAGCCUGAGUCAGCUGACCAACCCCCUGGCCGAGAGACUCCCCCUGGCCGAGAGACUAUUGAGCCCGGGUCAGCGGUCAGCCUCUCCGGCCCAGAGACUAUUGAGCCCGGGUCAGCGGUCAGCCUCUCCGGCCCAGAGACUGUUGGGCCCAUAUCAGCUGAAAAAACCCCUGCCCCUGGGUCUCCAGAGGGGUCCCGCCUUCACCUGAUCCGGUUCCCAGACCGGCCUCCAGCCCGGCCUCCAGAGGGGUUCAGUCGCCUUCGUCGCCGGCCUCCCGAGGGGUUCCGCCUCCUUUGCCGCCAGCCUCCAGAGGGGUCCCGCCUUCACACCGGACCUCUGAAGGUGUCCUGUGGUGUUGGCACCAAGACAUUGACAUCAGAUUCUUUGGGUCCUGUGGGUUACAGAGUGGAGCCUCUGUGGUCCAGACUUCUGAUGGAGUCUGCUGAUGCUCAAUUGGAGUGGGAUCUGGGGAGUAUAGUCCUGUUCUUUGAGCUGUUACUUAGGCUGAUGGCAUGA